GCUCGGGCUGAAGGAAAGCUCGUUCUAUCGCAUAAAACCCACGCCGCAAGGCCGGCCGAAAGUAGCAAAAAGGCGAAGCAAACCGGUACACUAUUCCCCGUCGCCCGCCCGCCGAAUCGCACAUUCGCACCGCACCCGUCUCCCUCAUGUGGCCGUCCUGGAUGAAGACGCGCAACUCGUCCUCCUCCUCGGCGGCCGCCUCCACCUCCACCGCCCUCGUCCCCGCCGCCGCCGCGUGCCCCCGCCUAUCCUUCCACUCCCCGUCCCUCAAGGACCUCCAGUCCCUGCUCUUCGUGCCGGACACCUCCGCCCACGUCGCCGCUCCGUCCUCCUCCCCAUCGCCGCGCGUCUUCCACCGCAUCCGCGUUGCCGCCUCCGCCCUCCGGGUCCUCCGCACGCUCCAGCAGCCCUCGGCCCCACCCCCCGCCUCCGGGGAGCUCCCCGCGGGGGCCGGGCGAGUGGUGCUCUACUUCACCUCCCUCCGCGUCGUCCGCGGCACCUACGAGGACUGCCGCGCCGUGCGGGCCAUCCUGCGGGGGCUCCGCGCGGCCCUCGACGAGCGGGACCUCUCCAUGGACCCCGGCUUCCUCCCGGAGCUCGCCGCGCUCCUGCCCCACCGCUGCCGCGUGACGCUCCCGCAGGUCUUCGUCGGCGGCCGCCAUCUCGGCGGCGCCGAGGAGGUCCGCCGCCUGCACGAGUCCGGCGAGCUCCGCCGCAUCGUCGCCCCCGCGCCGCCCUCCGCCUCUCUCAACUGCGCCCGCUGCGGCGGCGAGCGCUACGUGCUCUGCGGCGGCUGCGACGGGAGCCACAAGCGGUACAGCCUCAAGGGCGGCGGCGGCUUCCGCGCCUGUGCCGACUGCAACGAGAACGGCCUCGUCCGGUGCCCCGCCUGCUGCGUCGCCGCCGCCUGAUCCAGAUCCAAAGAUCCAUCUGGUCCUGAUUCCCCUCUAAUAACUCAACUCUUCAAUGCUAGUACUCCACUUGCCAUCAAACUUGAUUAGGAGAUCAUUUGUGUCGCGUCUAGUACUGUAGUUAUUACUAGUAGUGAUUAGUGAAGUGGUCGAAGUCAGUUACAGUCUUACAGAUCGGGAGCUGGGGCUCUGGAGUUAUUUAGAUUUACUCCAACCUUGGAUUAGAGCAUACUAGAAGCGUCAGGAGUUGUUCCUGUUCCGUUUCUGUUCUUGGUGGGUUAUAAUCUGCCUAUGGAGCUCCGGUUCUUGCAUCUGCUUGUACAUUUUAAGCCUCAUCUUUCUCAAGGCACGAGCUCCUUGCCUGCCUCCCUGCA